AUGGACGAUUCAACAUAUUCUUACAUCGACGACUUAUCAAGAAGCGGCGCUAAAUGUGGCGAUAUAAGUAUUUCUGAAACCUUAGCAGACUUUGAACGAUUACGUAUAUCUGCUUUAACUAAAGCAGCUGAAAUUAGCCCCCUUGUAACAGAGGUAACAAUAGGUCCUAGAAGCCCCAUUCAGAAAGAGAAAUUCAAAACUGACACAAGGCCUUCUAACAUUGAUGAAGAAUUUGUCGAUUUAAUACAAGACAAGGUCGGUGAAGAUUUACGGUAUACUUUAUUACUAAAAGACUAUGAAGCGAAAUUGCAAGAAAAUUCUGAAGAUUUGUUUAAAAAUUUAGUUGAAAAAAUGAUGAAUAGUUAUGCAGAAACAAUGCAGAGAUAUUGGAAAAAACAGAGUGAUGAAUGUAAACGUAAAACUUUAGAACUAAGAGCAAAAAAAAUACAAAUGGCUAAGCAACUGCGGGAAAAUGAUAAUUUGACUGUACUUGAAAAUGUUCGAUUAGAUGAACAAAAAUUUCAAAUGAUCAAUCAACAAACUAUUGAAAAUAUGAAUAGAAUAUUAGAUGAACAAAAUAAAGCCACUACUAGAUUUGCAUCUAUUAGACAUAGUCAUGCUAAAAUAUGUAUAUGUCACAAUGAAAUAAUAAAUGCUGUACUAACUGGACCACAAGGAAGAGAAAUUAAAAAAAAAUAUGUUCAAUCAAUAAAUACAGUUAUUACAAAUAUAAGUGCAAUAAUGGACAAUUGUAAAACUGGUACAAUUACUGAUAAAGAAGUUAAACAAUCUGAAAUAUUAUCAUUGAACAUAGAAAAUAUCAAGCAGCAAAUUCUUGAAGACUUGAAACAGCAUGAGCAAUUAAAAAAAGAAGAGGCAAAACAAAAAAAAUUAGAAAGACAGAAAGCACUAGAUGCAAAGGAAGCUGAAAAUGCUCAGAUAAAACAAGCACUUGUAGAACAAGCUAAAAGAGCUCAAUCUAUGUUCUAUUCUGAAACAAACUUUACUUUCUAUCAGGAACUUAAAAACUUUUUAGAGUCUUAUGAAAGUAGUUAUAAAGAAUUGUUAGAAAAUACAAAUUUAAAAAAGUUUAGAUUUGACUGUCAGAAAGCUGUUAAUACUCCAGUCAAUGCAUUAUCAUCAGUAAGUGGUAUGCAUAUGAGGGACAAAUAUGAUAAACUUGCAAAACUACUAAGAGGUGAAAAAGUUCAAGUUUUGGAUACAUAUGUGAUGGCAUCACAACAUCCACAAGGUCUUAAUUACUGUACUGCCUUGCUAGCUAAAAAGAUUGUGAGACAAGGAGAUCUUUUAGUAUCUAGUAAUCCUGAAGCAGCUUUUCCUCUCGCAGCAGUAACAGUUGCUUUAUGGACUCAGUUCCCUGAUUUUGGAAAACUUCUAGAGGCAUAUUUUCAUAGAUUUUGCCCUUAUUUAGUACCAAUGAUGCUUCCUCAAAAAGAAGGACAGUCAGACAAAGAAUUUUAUUUAUCUAGAGGGUACACCUAUAAUGAUGAUGGUGUUGUUGAGAAACAAGAUAAAUUUUUAAAAAGGAUGUCUGGAAUAUUUAGACUUCAUUGUGCUAUUUGGAUCGCAAAAACUCCCAAAUUUAUAAAUUCAUCAAACCCUUGUAGUUUAUGUUUUGGAUGGAAGUGGCUUGCAUCAUUUAUUAACCUUAAGCCUGAACCUGACAUAAGUGCCACACUAUUACAUGAUUUUUUUAUAGUAUGUGGUUCAGAAUUUUUUAAACAUUAUAGGAAGCAGUGUAUUAAAAUAAUUAAACUAUUAAGCAUGGAAUAUUUAAAUAUUCUUAAUAAUAUUGACGAAGGUGGCCCUAAAACUAGACUUGAGGUGUUUCUUCAAAAUAUUCUAAAGACUGGUCACAUCCCUCCUCCAAAUGGACUGUUGCCAUCUAAUACUUGG